AUGAAGCUUUUUUACAUGUUCUUGAUGAAUCUCCUAUUGUUUAUUACUCUCACACAAUCAACAUCAUCAUCAUCAUGCAACAUUGAAAACCAGAAUCUUAUAUCAAAGGCUUUCCAAUCUGUCUCUGGAUUCAACUCUUCAUUCUUCCAAACAAAAGGCUCCUUCAUCUGUUCAAACGGUGAGAAUGAGAUUAACAUCAUAAACCUUCCAUCCAAAAACCUAACCGGAAACAUCUCAUGGAGAUACCUUAAAAACAUGACAACCUUAAAGUUUCUCGAUCUCUCCGAAAAUUGUCUACAAGGUCAAGUCCCAAACUGGUUCUGGAAAACCACUUCAUCAAGUUUACAAACAGUGAAUCUCUCCAACAACAGAUUCGGUGGAAGCAUUGCAUUCCAAAUGAAACCCUUUUCAUCGUCACUACAAAAUCUCAAUCUCUCAAACAACAGAUUCACAAACCAGGUUCAUCUUUCAUCUUUUCAAAACCUUAAAAUCCUCGACCUUUCCAACAACAACCUCAACACUUUACCUUCGGGGAUUCAAAACCUCACGAAACUCAACCACCUCGAUCUCUCGAACUGUAACAUCAAAGCAAACAUAAAACCCAUUUCUCAUCUCACUUCACUCUCUUUCUUAAACCUCUCGAACAAUACCUUAAACGGUACUUUCCCUUAUGACUUUCCAUCUCUCGACAACCUUAAAUUCCUCAACAUCUCAAACAACAACUUCAAAUCUUCAUCUCCAUUAUCAAAACUAAUCAAAAGAUUCGGAACAUCAUCGUUCAUUCACGCAGUUUCCUCAGUUUCAACAUCCAUUCUUGUCAUAUUAUCCAUAUUAGCAAUCUUUGGUUACAGAAAAAAACGUCAACAAGCAAAAAAGAACAAAUGGGCAAUCUCAAUAUCAAAACCAGUGAUUGGAUCAACAACAACCCUCAAAUCAGGACCGUUCGAAUUCGAAACAGAAUCCGGAACGUCAUGGGUGGCUGAUCUGAAAGAACCAUCUUCUGCAGCAGUUGUAAUGUUCGAGAAACCAUUGAUGAACAUCACGUUCGUUGAUCUCAUGACUGCCACAUCAUACUUCGGAAAAGAUUCACAGCUUGCUGAAGGUAGAUGUGGGCCCGUUUACCGUGCGGUUUUACCUGGCGACAUACACGUGGCAAUCAAGGUUCUUGAAAAUGCGAGAGACGUUGAUCAUGAUGACUCUGUCGCAACUUUCCUUGACUUGUCUCAGCUUAAACAUCCCAAUCUUUUGCCUCUUUCCGGCUACUGUAUUGCAGGGAAGGAGAAGCUAGUUUUGUAUGAGUUUAUGUCAAACGGAGAUUUAGGCCGGUGGCUACAAGAGUUACCGACGGGAGAGACUAAUGUGGAAGAUUGGAGCACUGACACAUGGGAGAUUCAAAAUGGCGUCGGCUCGCGGACCCCUUCACCAGAGAAAAUGGGGUGGCCGACGCGACAUCGCAUAGCGAUAGGUGUAGCGCGUGGUUUAGCAUUUCUCCACCAUGCAGGGUCAAAGCCCGUCGUCCACGGGCAUCUGGUGACAUCGAACGUCCUCCUCGCCGAUGACUUCGAGCCGCGAAUAGCUGAUUUUGGGUUCAGAAAAUUCGGGCAACAAUGUCCUCCAAAUUGUAGUACUGAGACGGACGUGUAUUGCUUUGGUGUGGUGCUUAUGGAGCUUCUAACAGGGAAGCCUGGUACCGCGGAGACGGUUGUUUGGGUGAGGAAGCUUGUAAGAGAGGGUUAUGGAGUGAGGGCGCUUGAUGACAGGAUCAAAUUUGGUGGUGGUGACUCAGAGAGUCAAAUGGUGGAGAGUCUCCGAGUUGCGUAUCUUUGUACUGCUGAGUCGCCGGGGAAGAGGCCCACAAUGCAGCAAGUUUUGGGGCUUCUCAAAGAUAUUCAUCCUAGGGCUAGACUCGAAUGA